GGAAUAAUACCCCCUCCCUGGUUUCAAGACCUCCAACCACCACCGAUGAGACAUUCUUUGUGUUCAAAUGUCUGGCUGACGUCUGAUGCUUAAAACAGCCCAUGCUUUCACCCCUCUCUGCAUUGUCAUAACCCUGUAUCACUACUCUUAAAAGGAUAUCGCAGCCACUCUGACAACCAGUUGCUGACCAAAGAAGCCAGCCAGCCCAACUGCCCGUGUCCCUGCCUGCCUCGGGCUGCCUUGAAUGCCUGGUUCUUCACGUUUUCUGUUCAUCUGACAAACGCAGCCAUGUCUACCUUUGGCUACAGGAGAGAACUAAGUAAAUAUGAAUCCAUCGAUGAGGAUGAACUGCUUGCUUCCCUGUCAGCCGAGGAGCUGAAGGAACUGGAGAGAGAGCUGGAAGAUAUCGAACCCAGUCGGAAUCUACCAGUGGGACUAAGGCAGAAAAGUCUGACAGAGAAAACCCCUACUGGGACAUUCAGCAGAGAGGCAUUGAUGGCCUACUGGGAGAAAGAGACCAAAAAGCUUCUGGAGAAAGAGAGGCUAGGGGAGAGCGACAAGGUACAAGAAGACAAAGAGGACAGUGAGGAAGAACUCAUCUUUACAGAAAGCAACAGUGAGGUUUCCGAAGAGGUUUAUACUGAAGAGGAAGAAGAAGAGGAAGAAGAGGAAGAAGAAAGUGAAGAAGAAGAAGAAGAAGAAGAAGAUAAAGAAGAAAGGAAGCCCAAAGUCCUGGAGGGCUUUCAGGGAUCUCCGAAUUGUGAACAAAGUCGUUCUGAUAGCCCUAAACCAAAAACGUUUAAGAGUCAAGUAGAAAAUAUAAACUUAACUAAUGGCCACAGUGGCCGAAACACCGAUUCACCUACUGCCAUGCACCCUUGUGGAAAUCCCACUGUUAUCGAGGAUGCUUUGGAAAGGGUGAAGAACAAUGACCCCGAUACCACCGAGGUCAAUCUGAACAACAUCGAGAACAUCACAACUCAGAAUCUAUCCCGUUUUGCCGAAGCCCUCAAGGACAACACGAUGGUGAAAACAUUCAACCUGGCCAAUACGCGGGCUGAUGACACUGCAGCCAUUGCCAUUGCAGAGAUGCUGAAGGUCAACCAGCACAUAACCAGCGUCAACAUCGAGUCAAAUUUCAUCACAGGGAAAGGGAUUCUGGCUAUCAUGAGGGCCCUGCAGCACAACACAGUUCUGACAGAACUGCGGUUUCACAACCAAAGGCAUAUCAUGGGCAGUCAGGUGGAAAUGGAGAUUGUCAAGUUGCUGAAGGAGAACACAACGCUGGUGAGGCUGGGCUAUCACUUUGAACUCGCUGGACCAAGAAUGAGCAUGACGAGCAUUUUGACAAGAAAUAUGGACAAGCAGAGGCAGAAACGUAUGCAGGAGCAAAAGCAACAAGAGGGGUAUGAUGGGGGAUCCAACUUCAGAACCAAAGUUUGGCAGAGGGGAACUCCUGGCUCGUCACCUUAUGCCUCCCCUAGACAUUCUCCCUGGUCAUCUCCAAAGCUGCCUAAGAAAGUCCAGUCUGUAAGGAGUCGACCUCCAUCUCCUGCGGCUCCAUCUCCACCUCCUCCUCCACCGCCACCACCACCACCUCCUCCUCCUCCUCCUCAUGUGUCACCACUACCUCCUCCUCCUCCUCCUCCCCCUCCUCCUCUCCCAGAGAAAAAGUUAAUAACCCGAAACAUUGCAGAAGUUAUCAAACAACAAGAGAAUGCCCAAAGGGCAUUGCAAAAUGGACAGAAAAAGAAAAAAGGGAAAAAGAUCAAAAAACAGCCCAACAAUAUAUUGAAGGAGAUAAAAAAUUCGUUAAGGUCAGUUCAAGAAAAGAAAGCAGAAGAAAGUUCACGACCCUCCACUCCACAGAGAUCAGCUCAUGAUAGCCUCAUGGAUGAAAUUCGGGGAAGCAGCAUAAGACAAUUAAGAAGGGUGGAAGUACCAGAGGCUCUUCGAUAAAGCAAGAACUAGAGAAGAAUCCAAGCAUCAUUUCAUAGAGAGGAUGCCGCAUCGUUCAAUGGUAUUCAAUAGACUGAAUUAUGCAGUGUUUCCUAAAUACACUCAUCAAUUUGAAACAUCCUUUCCCAUUCUAAACAUCAGCACCCAAAUAUCAUCUCAAAUAGAGUUUUACAAAAUCAGCAUCCUUCUUUUGUAAAUAUGGAAAUAAAUAAAUCUUUUUUUAUUUAA